GUUUUGUUUACUUUCAUUCCAUGCGCAAGUUUUCACUUUUGUAAACUAUGCAAAAAGAACAGUUUUGAUGCUUUAACCACCCGUUUAAAGAAAAAAAUACAAGCAGAUAAGAAAUCAAACAAUGCACAUAGUCACAGUGAAUGACUAAAUCUACCAAGCAUAGUUAUACAUGGAACAGUUUAACCUAUAGGCUAUAUAUUUAUUUGUGCAUUUUUAAAAUUAUAUCAAAGCAGAAAUGUUAAAGAUGAAGACUUUCAAACUUAUCUAUGAUGAUGAAGAACCAGAUCAUUUGGUGACAGGCAGAAAGUCAGCUUCAGAAACAACAUGGAGUGAUUCUGAUACAAUGUCUGCAGAUGAAAAUCCGAAAACUAAUAUGGAUGCAUCAAAUAGCAAUUCUGAUGCAGUUUCUGCCAAAUCUGCAGAAGAAAACUUAACGUCUAAUACUGACAAGGAUCUUCAUUCAACAUCUUCAAAUGCAUCUGAUGUAAUUUCUGAGGAAGAAAUCUCGGAUGAGGACUUAAGUGAUGAUGAAUUUGAAUGUGAACUUUGUUACAGUGUGUUUGAGAGUGAAAGUCAGCUCAAUUUACACAUGGAAACUCAUUCCGAAUAUACUCCAUCAGACGAUGACGGAUUUGAUGCAGCCUUUGGUAUGCCAAAGGAAAAUUACAAAAAAAACGGGGAAAAAAUAUAAAAAGUCGGGAAAAACUAAAAAGACAAAGAAGAAACCACCUAAAAGAGAAAAAUGCGAAACAUGUCAGCGAUAUUAUGCCA